AUGGACAAAAAAUCAGAUUUUGGUCAAAUUUUUCUAGUGCCAAAAACGCAACCAGCUGCCCAGCCAGCAGUCACUCCAUCCACUGGACCAUCGGAAACUCUGGCACGUGGCAUUCGAGCCAUUUUCAUCGGACCACCCGGAUCGGGAAAGGGAACGCAGGCGCCGGCGUUCGCUUCGAAAUACUUCUCGUGCCAUUUGGCUACUGGUGACCUGCUCCGCGCGGAAGUCGCCUCGGGCUCCGAGUUCGGAAAACAGCUGAAAGCGACGAUGGACGCCGGAAAGCUCGUCAGCGACGACGUCGUCUGUAAGCUCAUCGAGCAGAAGCUGGAGAAGCCCGAGUGCAAGUACGGAUUCAUUCUUGACGGAUUCCCACGUACUAGUGGACAGGCUGAGAAGCUCGACGAGAUUCUCGAACGCCGAAAGACCCCGUUGGACACUGUCGUUGAGUUCAACAUUGCCGACGAUUUGCUCGUCCGCCGGAUCACUGGCCGCCUGUUCCAUAUCGCCUCCGGCCGAAGCUAUCAUUUGGAAUUCAAACCACCAAAGGUGCCGAUGAAGGACGAUCUCACUGGAGAGCCCCUCAUCCGUCGAUCCGACGAUAAUGAGGAGACGUUGAGAAAGCGAUUGGUUCAGUACCAUCAAAUGACUGUGCCACUCGUCGACUACUACCAGAAGCACGGUGUGCACGUGAAAGUGGACGCGGCGAAGCCAAUGGCCGAUGUGAAGGCUCACAUCGAUUCGGUGUUCGCCAAAUUCACCCAGAAGAAGGUAUAG